AACGGAUCACGCCGACCACACGAGAAGCGAAGCCCAUCAUCGUUCGUGGAUUUUGACGCUCUUGUUGGGUCACAGCAAAAAGUUCGUACAAAAUCUAGUUGGAAUCGUAAUGCACGGAGCAGGUAAUCGUAAUGCUUUCUGGGAUCAUGAGGAAUGAGAAUUCCGAACAAGAGACCAGCACAAGAGAUAUUGCAGCUACUGCUGAUAAAGAUGGACUUGCUACAAAACAGACUUCGGAACAGGGGACCACUCCAGAGGGCGGAAAUACAAAAUUAAUGGAACAGCAAACAACUCCUGUAAACGACGACAAAAUACUAGAGAAGGAUGAUCCACCACCGGAAAUUAUACCGGAUCCCUUUCAACCCAUUCCUGUCCACAUUGAAACCACGAUUCGGAUGACGCUGGCUUGCUUUGCUGCCUAUUCGCUUGCCGUUGCCGAUCUUCCCUCUAUCAUUCCAUCCACUCAAUCGUGGAUCAUCGGCAUACUGGGCCCGACGAUCGUGAUGCGCUUGCCCACGGUUUUAGCAACGCUCGGGGGUAUCGGAUUGUGCUACACGAUCCUUUUCUUCGGUCUCGCUUCCAUUACCGUCAUGCUCUACGCAGUAACCGUAUCUGACGGUUUUUUCAUCGCGGUGGUUGCUAUUUGGAGCUUAUGGAUCGCGCCGUUGAGAGUUGGUUCGUUGGCCAAACUUACGUGGGUAGUUGCACCGGUACUAGCGGCCUUUGUUGGAAUCAUCGGUCUCGAUCUGCAUCGCGUUGUACGGGACGGAAUCAACCUCAAACUAUCCAGUGAGCUCAUCCAAGACCUCAUACAAGAGUUGGCUCCAGGAGCCAUGGGAACUCUGCCAACUUCUGAGCUGGUGGCGAGCCUUCAAGAAAUCAAUCUGGAAGCACUGGUCCAGUCGCAGCUUGAUGACGCUACCUUGCUUGCCAGAGCUGCUGGUGCAUUGGACAAUCUUACUGCCUUUUUGGAUCUGGUUCGGGAAGGGAUACUGUUGCUGAUUCAAUUACUUUCGGAAAGUGGACAGCAGCAGGGGGCAAUAGCGGUUACCAUUCCUUUGGGCCUUUUUGAAGGGAGAGAUGUGUUUCUCUCGUUGUCGGAAGACAGGGACUUAUUCAUAUCACUGGAGGGCGGGGCAUAUUUGAUACGGUUAUUCUGGACAGCAGGUGUCAUGAAUCCGAUUGCAGUCUUCCCCAAUUUUAUCGUGGCUGGUACGUGGGCGAUUCUUUGCGUCGCUCUGUCACCACUUCUCCCACCAUUUCGAAAGACGCGUUUUCUCAUUGCAAGAAGAAUCUUGCCUCAGGUGUUGUAUGAUGCCGCGUGGUAUAUCCAGGGGAGUUCGAUGGACGAAUUUGAGGGAGUUGAUCAAAGAAAAACAGCAGACAUAGUAGCCAUUCACAGGCGAUUAGUGCUUGCGUCUACCUCACUGCGCUCUGGUACCGUUGCCGCGGCAACCGCGUUUGAACCACGGUGUUUCGCGAAUGUAGGAACCAUGCCACGAUUUUCGGUCCAGAAUGUUGCUACAAAGGCAUUGGCCUUUCGAGCCAUCGGAUUUCCAGAUUGCUUGGAAAAUCGCCAGGCGGCAAAGCAGGCAUUCAGAGGUACUGCUAGAGCAUUACAAAAGUUGCAAAGUCAUGAUACGCUCGAUUUACAGAAAGUACAAGUGCAAGAAACCAAAAUGUGGAAUUUCGAAAAAGACAUUGAAAUGAUUCGUUCAACAACGGAUAAUUGGAUUCAAUCCAUGACUGCAAGUGAGAAAAAUAUAUCUUUGAAAGAGGGCAUCACAAAUAGUCUGAAAUGUGGUGCAAUGUGGUUCGCGCUACCCGUAGCAUUACUAUGGCGUGUACUCCAAACUCCCUUUAUUCCUAUCCAGAUCGUUCAAGGCAAAUACAAAACGACCAUGGCAAAGAUUUUUCACUGCAUCAAAUUCGCAUUCGGUUUUACACUUCUGGCCAUCUUCUCGGUUUAUUGGGAAAGCUAUCGUGAAAUUGACGUAUCCAGCCCAUCCCAACAGACAAAUUUCGAGCUUGUCGUCGGCACCCCUCCGAGCUCGUUUGCUGGUUGGGAGCUGCUAGCAUAUUCAUUUGCGACGAUGCCUACAGCCGAGGGAACCAUAAAGAAAUGCGUGAUGCGAGUCGUGGGCACGUGCUGUGGUGGCCUUUCGGCGUGGCUCCUUAUUCUAGCGGUUGGGGACAAUCCUUAUGGAACUGUCGCCUGGCUAACAGGUACAGCAGCGCUGGGGAUCUUGCUUUCAGUGGAAAAGGACGAAUCGGCAAGGUUUGGCCAAUCUCGAGAUUUUGGGUAUGCCGGUUUCUAUUUCGUUCUGACACAAUCAGUAAUUGUGUUCGACUUUCGUGUCGGCCUCGGAAGUCGAAACGAGCUCGUUGCGAAUCGAAUCGCAGCAAAUCUUCUCGGAAUCGGUAUGGCUUGUGUUCUUGCCAUGAUACCACCGAGAGUAUUAGGCGCCAGGCCUGAAUACGCAGAUCAAUUGCUCACAAAAAUUUCACAAUCUCUUGAUCAGACAAUGCUCUUAGCAAUUGACGAGCCCCCCUCAGAAAAAUAUACUGAGCUUCGAAUCACUCACGAAGAGGAAGCAAGUUUGCUGUACUCCACCGCAACGUAUUUACUUGAGGAUGCAAAUAGACUUUCGAAAUUCCCGAUUUUCAAAGUAGACCAUCAGCUAGAAGAGCUGAUGCUAGAACUGGUCACGACGUCCUGCAUUCUUUCUAUUUGGUGGGAUUAUAUUGCCCGACUGAUAUCCGAAGAUGAAAAGACGUCACAUAAGUGGCAAACUGCUUUCAAAGCGGUUUUCGAAUUAUCCUUACACGUUUGUGUCACUUCGAAAACAGAUGUCACAGGGAGCGUGCUCGAUGAAGAGCACCGUUUUUUGGCGAAUGCGUUCGCAGUUGUUAAACGUCGACUGGAAACGCAUGCUCGAGUAAUAAAGCAGAUCAGGGAGAUGUCUUGA